CCUCCCGGUGCAUGGCGGGAAAUCCGUGCACACGGUUUGUGAUGUCACGCCUAGAAACCCCCUAGCGACAGGAACGCCGCCAGACGACCAAAACAACGCGCUCGCGAGCGGACCUCAUUCAGACAACACCACAGAAUCCAUGACGAACGCGUCACCAUGAAGAGCUGUUCCAUAUGGCGACAAAACUGCUGGAAGAAACGUCGGACUGUUCCCUAAAACUUAAUUAUAGGUAACGUGAUAUAGUUUACAUCAACUAGAAGCUGAAAUGGCGGUUCCGACCAUGUCCCACUUCAAAGCCAAGCGCACCCAGGCACUUCCCGACCGAAGUCUUUUCGGCACGACGUUAGAUUACGACACGAACUUGAAGAAAGCGCCGACGCCCGAACUGGAUAAGAUCGGGGACGAUCUCCUGCGACCGAACACGAAGUGGAAAGAACGCAUGCAGGUGACUGUCCCCUUCGCGACGACCGUGAGCGACGAGAAGAACUUGGCCACGCUGAGUUUGAAACAGGACAACGUGAGACAACUAGCGGGAGAUAUCCGAGGGCUGAGAGAACAGGCGCUGUACUUCCGCCCUGAACAAGUCUUGGAGCUACAGAACAUCAGAAGAAACUUGACCAAGGCGGCUGUGCGCGAAGAGCGUGAGAAAGAAGAACAAGCCUCCACCACAUCCACCGGCCGGUACUACGCCGACAUCAAACCCUCCUACCGGGACUUGGAACACAGCGAAGCCGUCAACAACGUGGGCAUAGGAAACACUGGACAGUACGACUGGCAUAGACAGGGACCCAAACGUGCGAAAGCGGCGCCCUAUAAAGUGAUUGGCGAUGUCUUCCACACAGGCAACUUUACCACAAGUAGGCAGGCAGAUCGAGGGUACGACAUGCCUUUACAGCUUAAAGCUUCACAACUCAGGACUUCGGACAGGCACAUGCUGGAAAAGACUAAGCAACCGAGGGUUGUAGAAUCCCACCACGUCCCCGCGAACAUACGGCACACGUACGGCACUAAGAUCACAAAGGAAGCUAUGCAAGAUGAAGAAUUGAAAUCAAAGGUGCUGAGAGAAAGAAGAAAGAAAACCCCCAGACACACCGCCCUCCCACCCCUUAAAGAUGACAUCACAGACCCCGUGUACACGGACCUCAGCAAUGUCAUCAGACUGGAUGUCCUGCCAGGGGCACCCUACCACACCAAGAGUGAGGUUGCCUCUCACUUCACUGUGGACGUCCACAAGAACGUACAGCGAGACGAAGACUACCUGAAGUUCGGGCGCAAAACGGACUACUUAGGACGGUGGACAGAGUCCAACGUGUACCACCAGACCAUGAAGAAGGUGUGGGACAAGUACAUAGCCGAGCAGCCCAAGUACCAGGCCAACCGCGAAAUCCUGCCGAGGGAAAAACCUAAACCCAAACCCCCGCCCAAGCCAAAAUCCAAGCCCAAGCCCAAAGCUCAAGACAACGGCAAAAAAGAGGAUCCACCACCACCACCACCCGAGGAGCCUCCACCUCCCCCUCCUGUAGAGGAGGAGAACUUCUGGGACUUUUAUGAUCAACCGUUAAAUCUAUAAAUAAGGCUUCGCCAAUUUCAUUUGUUGGUUAUCGGAUUGAAGAAAAAAAUACCU